GACUUUUGGCCUUAAAUGCUAGUUUGGGAACUUGAUUUAGUGCUAUUUUGGUCUUUUCUUUUUUAUACUACAUCCAAAUUGAGUAUACUUUGGGAAAAAGCGAAACGUCUUUUUUUUUUUUUUUUUUUUGUAACAGGAAAAAGCGAAACGUCUAUUUACCUUUUUCUACCCUUCCAAUCAAAUUGAUUUUGGUUUCCCUUUCUCAGAAUAUUUUUCACUAAAAGUUUGCGUCUUUGAAUCGAUCAGGAACCUCUCUCUAGUUUAGCUGCAGAGUACCAAGCUGGGAGUCCCAUUCUGCUCGAGAAGAUCAAGGUUUUCCUUCUUCUUCUUCUUCUUCAGUCUUUAAAAAUGAUCAUAUAUGUUUGUUUUGUAGAUAUUGGACAAUCAAUAUAUUGAUACAGAUGUUCCUCGAGCAACUAGAUGACAUUCUCCUAGGAAGUGACGAGUAUAAGCUACGAAGAGCUGGUUAACAGAAGUAGAGAUCAGUCUGUCUCUGACUACAUUGUAAUGUUCUUCAGGUUUGUUACUGCUGGUGAAAUACGAACUCGUGCAGAGUUUUUCGAACCUUUUAUAACAGGACUAUCAAACUCAACCGUUGAUCAUUUCUGCAAGACAUCGGUUGAACCGAUGGGAGAAGAGAGUGACCAUAUCCACAUAACCACUUUGUCAGACGCGCUUGGUGUUGCAAUUCGGGUUGUGUAUCUUGACCGUAGCUCGUGUGAUAGUGGAGGUGUCACUGUGAACCAUCAUGACUUUGUUCCUGUGGGCACUAGUGAGAAACAGGAAGAAGCUUCUGCUCCUUUUAUAACCUUGUUGUAUCGUCCAGGCCAUUACGAUAUCCUCUACCCCAAGCCAUCUUCUAAGGUAUUGGACAAUGUGGAGAAAAUGAUCGUUUGACAUCAUAAACUGGUUAGAAGAUGUUUACAAAAUUGUGGUAAUAUGGAUGAAACACCAUGGAACAACCAACAAUUGCAUCAUCUCUUUACUCCUUGAUUAUGAUCAAAAAACCUUUUUGCAACAUCAGAGAAUGGACUUUUUUGUUUUGCUGUUGAUAUCCAUCAAAGUCUUCUUUCAUAGUAUAUCAAACUGAACCAAAUGGUUUGUCAAAUAAUCGAAAACAGAGAUCUAAGUUGUUUUGAUGA